AACAAUUCUGCCAUUCACAACAUUCGUGCAAACACAAUAGAAUAUCCACGGACUCUGACCAUCACCCGAGACACCUUUCAUCCAGCCUUUGGCACCUCCCGUCGUCGACCUUGCCGCCAUCAUCCGCCCUGAUGUUAUCUCCGAUCUCAUAGGCGUGUCUCCACAAGGCAAAGGCGACUGUUGGCAUCCAUUCCGCUACGCUGCUCCCGCGGCUCAUCGCAGAUUACUAUGGCCUUUUCCCUUUCCGAAUUACUUAAUCCUGCUCCCUUGGCUGGCGCAGAGUCGUCGAAUGUGAAUACAAGCGACAUGGACGCGACCGAUCCCUCUGCAAACUUCUUUGCGCCCGAACUCUUCCAGCAGGACGACGACGCGCCCAUGGCCCAAGAUGCGCUCCUUCCUGUAUCGCAAGACGUGGAGAUGACCAUGGUCGAUGACACCAUGAUGGACACAGCAAUGCCCAACGGUGAUAGUGUGGUUGACCCAGGGUUGGUCAAGGAGGAGGUGGUUGACAGUGGCUAUCCGCCUCUCGAAGAUGAAAAUCUUCCUGCUGGAGAUAUUUCCGUCAUGGAUAUGGGUGAAGGAUCUCUGCUCGGCGACAGUUCGUCUCUUCGUGGCUCUCCCGAACAGAGCGCCAAAAAGCCAAAACACUCAGGAAAGUCCAGAAAAUCCGACGCGAACGCGGCGCCCAAAUCAUCAAUACAUUCUUCCAAGAACGAGGGGCAGCACACCGACCGCAGAUAUCUGUGCUAUCUAUGCAACAAAUUAUUCACAAGACGCCGUUCGGUGAGAGAUCACAUCUCAAAAAUACACAACACCAAGACGUGGGAACCGGUGCGUAGUUUGGAAAUUAUAGUUGAACCUCUAAGCGGCGAGCCUAUUGAACCUCUUGAAGAUAUCAUCGCAAGAGGACCGCCUCCUCCACCUCCGAGACCGUCCAAGGCGCAAAGAGCCGAAAAGGCGGCAAAGCAUGACGGAGACGAGGAGAAUGAGGACGAGCCUCAAGAGGAGCACCAGGUCGAGGAAGAAGAUAGGACCGAUGACCUAGAAAACAAGUCCACGUUCGAGUCUCGACCUACUCAAGUAUCUACACCACAACCUUCGCAUCCGGUUGCGACACUGAAGAAAGAGCCGUCGAUCGCAGGAUCCAGAGCGUCCUCAACCGAGCCGUUCGCGACACCUGCGCCCGUCGCAGGCAAGAAACGACCAGCACCCGACGAUUCGGCAAAGUCCUCUGCGGCAGCCAAGAAGAAGGGAACAGCAAAGAUCAAAGGCUCUACGGCACCCAACAAGCGAUCGAAACUGAGCGAGUCCGAGCAGAGUCCACCAGCACGGUCGGCCUACCGAUCUCCCAGCGCCACUCCUGCGUCGACACACCUCAAACCCAUACCGUCCAAACUCAAGAAACAAACCUCGGCCGCCAGUGUCAAAUCCUCACCCACACCAGCCUCUUCGCGUGCUGCGUCGAUCGAAGCAAGAUCCCGCUCAAGUUCAGUCGCCGACACACCGACGAGCUCCAACGACGAUGGAGAGGUAUUUUGCAUCUGUAGAAAAGGUGACAAUCAUACUUGGAUGAUCGCGUGUGACGGUGGCUGCGAGGAGUGGUUCCAUGGCAACUGCGUCAACAUCAGGGAAAGAGACGGCGAACUGAUCGACAAAUACAUCUGUCCGACGUGCGUCAAACCUGGCCUGCAAACCACGUGGAAGAGAAUGUGCAGACGGAAGGAUUGCAGAAAGCCGGCCAGAGUGAUGCAGGAUCCUCCAAGCAAAUACUGUUCCGAUGCAUGCGGGCGCAUGUUCUUUGUGGAAUUGGUCCAAAGAGGCGAUCCCGAUGUACAAAUCAGUAAGGACGGUCAGUAUAUUGUGGAAGCCGAGAAACCGAAAAAGUUGCGGAAGAAGCACAAGAAAUUCGAAGGUCGAAGCAAGGCGCCCAAACCACUCAACAACGUCAAUGGCGACGUGGGUACCCCCAUCAACGACGAGAGCCGGCUUGCAACACCUGCGUACAGCGAAGAAGAGAAGACCGAUUACGAGACGGACAGCAGUUUGGACGACGAUAUGCUACCCAAUCGUGGCUCGGCCCUGCGAGCAGGUGAGGUCAAGGCCCUGCUCGAGAAGUGUAAGGACAUUGAAGAAUGGCGCGGUCUCGGCCGCAAACCCGACACGCCGCCUCGCGACGUUGUCGACAUGUCCAAUGCAGACUCCGAGUCCAAACCGGUCCCGCUCGAAUUCGACGAACUGGAAACCGCCAAGAUGGCCAGCAUCGAAGAGGAGAAGCGCAACCUCCAUGAGCACAAUGACAUACUCAGCGCGCGCGAACUCGUGCUCGAUCUAGUCAAGGCCCGAUCGACGAGUAUAACAGAUGAAGUGAAAAAGGCGCAUCCUAAAAUGAAAGACGUCUGCGGUUUCGAUCCACGCAUGGCCUGGUCGGACGAGGAAUUUCACAACUGGUAUACCAAGCGCGGCGGGAAAGAACUGCUCGAGGCCGGCAUGAAAGCCAAGAUCGGCCCUCCCGAAGACGCCGAGACGAAUGUUGUUAAUGGUGUUGGCGAUCAUGAACGUGAACACCACCAAACGGAAGGCGAUACCAAUACCGAUACCAAUGCCGACGCCGAUGCAGAAGAGAGCAUGCCCAAAAAGGGUGGCGUGUGUGUCAAGAAUCGGUGUCCCCGGCAUAGAAACUGGGCAAAGGGCCAGUUGGCCGAGCUGAGGUUCGAGCAGGAUCUGGUGAGGAGGCAGCUUGCGCGUUGCGAGGCUCAGCAGAGAAAGAUCAGGGAGAGAGCGACGGUGAGGGCGUGGGAGAGUAGAGCGACCCACGGCGGCGGCGGCGGCGGUUCUACAGUUCUAGAUACUAGUACGGUAGCUUGAUCGUGGGGAGUGGUAAACUGCAAUGCCAGUACCGAGUACUACACAGAGUAUCUUGCACUAUACCUAGGUAAAUGAUGGCUCUCGCGCUGAAUGCCUUAUGCACACGCGACAGUCGUUGCGGAAAUGGUAUCGUCUUCUUGGUCUUUGGUGCAGGAGAACGAACGAACGGA